AGGCCAGGGGGCCCACCUGGCCUUCAGUAGAGGUCAGGACGCAGGCACUCGCGCCCAAGGGGAGCAAAGCUGGGCCCAGCCCCAGGCUCCUAGGACCUCCAUCGCCCAAUGCCCGAGGAAUACGCCACGUGACGGCCUGACCAGAGUCCCAAACUGUCGGAGCUCUGCAAGCGCCAUGGCUCUCAAGAGGCCGCCCUGCCUGCCGUGCCUGCUGCUGCCGCUACUGACGCUCCUACUGCCCCAGGCAGGCACUCGGUCUUUCGUCGUGGAUCGGGAUCAUGACAGGUUCCUCCUGGACGGGGCUCCGUUCCGCUAUAUAUCUGGCAGCAUGCACUACUUCCGGGUCCCGCGCGUCCUUUGGGCCGACCGACUUUACAAGAUGCAGAUGAGCGGCCUUAACGCCAUACAGUUUUAUGUGCCCUGGAACUACCAUGAGCCAGAGCGUGGGGUCUAUAACUUUAAUGGCAGCCGGGAUCUCGUUGCAUUUCUGAAUGAGGCAAAUAAGACGAACCUGUUGGUCAUACUGAGGCCAGGACCUUACAUCUGUUCUGAGUGGGAGAUGGGGGGUCUCCCAGCCUGGUUGCUUCAAACACGGACUAUCCAUCUGAGAACCUCAGACCCAGACUUCCUUGCUGCGGUGGACUCCUGGUUCCAGGUCUUGCUGCCCAAGAUCUACCCAUGGCUGUACCACAAUGGGGGCAACAUCAUUAGCGUCCAGGUGGAGAAUGAAUACGGCAGCUAUAAGGCCUGUGACAUCACCUACAUGAGACACCUGGCUGGGCUCUUCCGCUCACUCCUAGGAGACAAGAUCUUGCUCUUCACCACAGAUGGGCCCGAAGGCCUCAGAUGUGGCACCCUCCAGGGCCUCUAUACCACUAUUGAUUUUGGCCCAGCCGACAAUAUGACCAAGAUCUUUUCCCUGCUUCGGGAGUAUGAACCCCAUGGGCCACUGGUGAACUCUGAGUACUACACAGGCUGGCUGGAUUACUGGGGCCAGAAACACUCCACUCGGUCUGUUGCAGCUGUGACCAAGGGACUGGAGGACAUGCUGAAUUUGGGAGCCAGUGUGAACAUGUACAUGUUCCACGGAGGCACCAACUUCGGAUACUGGAAUGGUGCUGAUGAAAAGGGGCACUUCCUUCCAAUCACUACAAGCUACGACUACGACGCACCCAUCUCUGAAGCAGGAGACCCCACACCUAAGCUUUUUGCUAUUCGAAACGUCAUCAGCAAGUUCCAGGAAGUCCCCUUGGGACCAUUACCUACCCCCAGCACCAAGAUGGCACUUGGACCUUUGACUCUGUACCUGGAUGGGCGUUUGCUGGAUUUUCUAAGCUUUCUGUGCCCCCAAGGACCCAUCCGUUCAAUCUUGCCAAUGACCUUUGAGGCUGUCAAGCAGGGCCAUGGCUUCAUGUUGUACCGGACCCAUCUGGUCAACACUUACACAGAGCCAGCGUCCCUGUGGAUGCCCAAAAACGGGCUUCACGACCGUGCCUAUGUGAUGGUGAAUGGGGUGUUCCAGGGUGUUUUGGAACGAAACAUUAAAAGCAGACUUUUUUUGGUGGGGAAAAUGGGGGACAAACUGGACAUCUUGGUGGAAAAUAUGGGGAGGCUCAGUUUUGGUUCUAACACCAGUGACUUCAAGGGCCUGUUAGAGCCACCACUGCUGGGGCACACUGUCCUUACCCAGUGGCUCAUAUUCCCCCUGAAAAUUGAUAACCUUGUCAAGUGGUGGUUUCCUAUCCAGUCGCCAAAAAAGACACAACUUACAACUUCCUCCGGCCCCGCCUUCUACUCUGCAUCGUUUCAAAUUUUAGGCACAACUGGGGACACAUUUCUGUAUAUGCCAGGAUGGUCCAAGGGCCAAGUCUGGAUCAAUGGGUUUAACUUGGGCCGGUACUGGACAAAGCGAGGGCCACAACAGACCCUCUACGUGCCCAAACCCCUGCUGUUUCCUAAGGAAACCAACAAAAUAACAGUACUGGAGCUAGAAAACGGGCCUCCCAAGCCCCAAGUCCAGUUUCUGGACAACCCCAUCCUCAACAGCACCUUGUACAGGACAUUCUUCAAUUAUUUCUUAGGUAAUGGGGAGAUGGAGUUAAGUGGGCACUGAAAGAAAGGCCACCCAUGGGCCUGGGAUGUGGCGUGGUCAGGAUCCGUUGGUGCUGGCCAUGGUGACAAGGAACUGCAGGCCUGUCUGCAAGUACCAGUGCAGUUUCCUUGCCAAACUUUAUUGUGAUUAAAGUUCCCGAGACAGUACCAGCUCCACA